UGGGCUGAAUGAAGUGUAGUACCCAGCCAGACCAGAUCUCGAUCUCUUGGACUCUGCCGGCGCCGGCGUUGGUAGGGUAGCCAUGGCGGAGGAGGCCACCCUGAGCCACCCGUCGCGGUACGUGAAGCUGAGCAGGGAGCACGACGCCCCCGCCCCCGCCGAGGACAUCCGCCCCGGCGAGCUCAACCAGCCAGUCCACGUCCCGCAGCUCGAGGGCAGGAGGUGCAGCGAGUGCGGCCAGGUCCUGCCGGAAUCCUACGAGCCCCCCGCCGACGAGCCCUGGACCACCGGGAUCUUCGCCUGCACCGACGAUCCACAAACCUGCCGAACUGGGUUGUUCUGUCCUUGUGUUCUUUUUGGACGCAAUAUUGAGGCCCUCAGAGAGGAUAUCCCUUGGACAACGCCUUGUGUUUGCCAUGCUGUCUUUGUUGAAGGAGGGAUUGCGCUUGCAAUUCUCACCGCAAUAUUUCAUGGUGUUGAUCCCAGAACGUCUUUCCUGAUUGGAGAAGGUUUGGUGUUCAGCUGGUGGUUGUGUGGUACUUAUACGGGCAUCUUUCGCCAAGAACUUCAGAGGAAAUACCAUCUCAAGAAUUCUCCAUGUGACCCUUGCAUGGUCCAUUGCUGCUUGCACUGGUGCGCGAAUUGUCAGGAGCACCGUGAAAGGACGGGGCGGCUUGCAGAGAACAGCGCGGUGCCAAUGACCGUUGUGAAUCCACCUGCAGUGCAAGAGAUGAGCAUGGCAGAAAGCCGUGGUCCUGUUUCCCCCGGUAUGGAGAACGGAGCACCAUCAAACUCAAAGGGUGAGCAUGAGGAACCCAAGAGUGAUCACGAUGAUGUGGAGGUGAUACCUCUAUAGGGUGAAUGAAAGAAAGAUAUUCUUUCUGAUAAUAGGAUAGCAAGAGGAAUGAAUCGAUGUGACGAAUUCAUGGACGCUUGGCGACGAUGUUCUUGUGUCAUCUGGAACUGGAAUCAUCAUAAAACACACAGGGUGAUACUCUUUCUUUUUUUUUUGUACUAGUAUUAAAACUUCAAAUAUAAUUAACUGGAGAGCAGGGGCUGCCUGAGUACAUUGCUACGUUUCUGCAUCCACCGGCCGUGUGUUGUUUAUGCCAUCAUGUAAAAUUCAUUCUUGAUUUUAGCUGUGUUUGACACUUGUGAGCCUUCAUUGGUCCUAAGAGAAACAGUUAAUUCGUCUGUCCAUGUAGUAAGUUUGUUCUUAAGAACAAAAUACAAUCGAGGAUUCUACA